CUAUUCCUGCUGCUCCGAAGUUGUGGUGGAAGUUUACCUCUCAGAUCUGUCUAAUGAUCUCAGUUCAUUUAAAAAGUUUGAGAUUGAGAUGAGCGGACAGGCAGUUCCUGCAGACUUCUCAGGACGCAUGUUGGACUUGGACGAGGACGAAGACCUGGAGGUUUUCAGCAAGAACAUAUCCCAGAGAGAUGGAAGCCCCAUGCCCAACUCUCCCAGCUCCAUGGUCAAUCAGUACAGACUGGAGGAGGAUGAAGAAGAGCAGGAGGAUGCUAACACCAAAGACAUCUUCAUCACCGUUGACAGCCCAGAGAGCCACGUAACUGCCAUCGAGACCUUCAUCGUGUACAGGGUCCUUACCAAGACCACACGGAGUGAGUUCGACUCCUGUGAGUAUGAGGUUCGUCGGCGCUACCAGGACUUCCUGUGGCUCCGCAGCAGACUGGAGGAAAACUACCCGACACUUAUUGUCCACCCGCUGCCGGAGAAGUUUGUGAUGAGAGGCAUGGUGGAACGCUUCAAUGACGACUUCAUCGAGACCAGGAGGAAAGCUCUGCACCGUUUCCUCAACAAGAUUUCUGAGCAUCCCAUCCUGUCCUACAGCCCACACCUCAAAGUCUUCCUCAUUGCACAGGAGCUAACGUCUCACAAGAAACAGGGUCCAGGCUUCCUGAGCAGGAUGGGAGAGACCAUGAGGGCGGUGGCUAACUCGGUACGAGGCCUGAGAUGUCGACCGGAGGAGUUCACUCUGAUGCAGGAGUACGUGGAGGACUUCAGCAACAAGAUCUGCUCUGUGGACAAAGUCACCCAGAGGAUCAUAAAGGAACAGAGAGAGUAUCUGGAUGAGCUGAGGCAGUAUUGCCCCACAUACACCCUGUGGGCGGGGUCAGAGGAGGAGCUGGCGGAACCACUGAAGGGCGUGGCCAGCUGUGUGGAACGGUGCAGUAAGGAAACAGAAGAGCAGAUCCACCAUCUGUCUGAGGUCCUGGUCCCUGCCCUUCAUGAGUACGUCCUCUGUGCUGAGACACUGAAGGCUGUGAUGAGACGUAGAGACAACAUUCAGGCUGAGUUUGAAGCCAAGAACGAGGCCCUGGCAUCCAGAAAAGUUGACCAAGAAGCACUACAGGUGGAGGUGGAUGGUCUGGCAGACCGGGUGGAGCUGGCUAACAACUCCUUGAAGGGAGACUGGUCCCGCUGGCAAAACAGCAUGAGAACAGACCUCAAAUCAGCUUUUAUUUCCACCGCUGAGAAGAACGUGGAGUACUAUGAGAAGUGCCUGGCAGUGUGGGAGUCGUACCUCCUGUCUCAGAGAGUGGAGCCCGGUGAGCAGAGAGAUGGGGAAGAUGUCUCAUAGAGUUUGGAAAAGAUCAAAAUGUGGAGAUCGCCUGCUCUUUCUAAAUGACAUACACACAACCUUUUGUCUGUCCACCAGAACCUCCAAAUACAGACUUUGAACCAGUGUCCACUUAUGCAGACAUGCCUUAUGUACGAAACAAGCCCACUCUGUCUCUCUCUCUCUCUAUCUGUCUCUCCUUCUCUCUUUCUUUCUGUCUCUCCUUCUCUCUUUCUUUCUGUCUGCCCAAAGGGGUUAAUCCCAGUUUCACCAUUCCAAUGAUGAUUGGACAUCAACAAAACCUACACUGUGAUCCAAAUUACCAAACAUAUUACUGUUUACACACCUCUAUGUGCUUGGCCAAAAAUUAAAAGACUCCUGGCUCUUCUGGCCCCACUUUACUGUCUUGUGGCUGUUCGAUGCCUCCUUGAAAGGAUGCAGAAUGCCAAGGUGUUGCGUUAUUCAUAAGUUUGUGCCCCUCAUCUCACACAAACCAAAACUAAUGAUGCAAUCAGGUGGCCCUCUUCAACUUUGUUAGUUGGAAUUUUCCAUCUUUACCAUCAGGAAGUUGCACUCAACUUUCAAAUAGGAGUGGUAAACUAUAAUGUAAGUUCCAUCAUAAAGGAGUCUAAAAGUUCCAAAGUAAUGUGACGUGUAUGGAUUUGAAACCAUCGAUAGAGGAACGGUAGAUAAAAUAAUGCUGUGUGCUGCCUUUUAAAAAUGCUGCUCACUUACAGUAAUGACAACUAUUCUCAAGUUACUUGUUAGCCUUUUACCAGCAGAAGAAGCGAGCAUGAAAAAAAUGGAUGUCAAUUCUACAAUGUAGUUUAGGAUAAGGUUAUGUGUUUUGGAUUCAAAUAAAUAUGACCGAAUCAUGUGUUAGUUUUUAUUUGUUCAAACUAGGUCUUUUUGAAAAGUUGACAGUCCUAAUGUACACAUUGUGAAAUGCAGACUUCAAAAGAUAACACCCCUAAUUGGGACACAGCUAUUGAUACCCAUUUAAUGGUAACCACAUUAUAGUAUUUUAGACAUGACCACUAUUUUUUCCCAAAUCUGAAUUCAAACUAGGUUCUUUCAUGAAGCUUAGUUAAUGACAUGUUUCCUACGAGAUGGGGACCCACUCAUUGAAAAAUAGCUCUGUAGUACUGCUAGAGGUCAAAAACUGCAAAGGGAACCUUUAACAGCUGGAUAUAGGCCAAACAUGGACACUGAGUGUGCAAGUUGUUAUGUUUAUACUGCACUGGGUGCCUGCAUACACAAACGCAUUCAAAUAUGUUGGCCAAUACAGUCAUGCAGACAUGCAGAUGACAAUAUUUACAAUUUACAAUUUGCUAUGUAGACUCAGAAAGUAUAGUUUGAGCUUUGUGUUGGGCUCUUAUUGGUCGGGGUCCUACGUGAAGUCUGCCAUAUCUUUCAUCCAAGUCACAGCAAGAAUUUAGGACCCCUAAUCUGACACAGGAGCCAUCUUACAUAUUGUGAAGUCUGAUCCUGGCACAAGUAAUGAUCAGACUUUCAUUUAAUAUGCCCGUCUGUGACUGGAAGCAAGUUGAGGUCUUUUGUCAAUGUAUUUUCUCAUUUAUCAUGUUCUCUGAAAAGGAAUCAGGCAGUGUUUAUGUAACAAGUGUACACCAAAAAGUACAAUUAGAAAAAUAAUUCCAUUACAAAAUAGCUCAAGAAAUGCAUUGAACAUCACAUACUGUAAUCUGUACUGCAGGUGACAUCUACAUCCAGCUAAACUUUAAGUUUUCCUUUUAGGCUAAAGUGAGAUCAGAAUGAUAUGAAUAAAACACACAGUACUACUGAUCUGCUGUACUUAGCAGAGAAGCCUUAAAUGCAUAAUGGAAUUCUUAGAUAAAUGGAUGGUUCUUUGUGCUGAUAGAGAUUUAAUGUUUACAUGUCCGAUGAAGACUGGCUAUCUGCAAUGAAUUUGUAAUAGAAUGCUUAAAUAAUCUUUUUUAUACUGAUAAUCUUUUUUCUAAUCUUUUUUUUCUCUUGCUUUCUUUUUGCUUUUAUCUUUAUUGAAUGUGUAAAAACAGUGAAUAAAAUUGUUUUUGAGAUGACAUGAUAUUAAAGACAAAUCUCACUCUCUGUUUGUAGACUGUAAAAAAAAAAAAUGUGAAAAACAAAGAUGUUCAAUGUCUCUCCCAGGUAUCUAGACUCAAAGUGAAUCACACAUAUCAGCUUAAAAAAUAAUCCUUAUGCAGGCUGUUUAUCCACAACAAGCAUAUUUUGCCUUCCAAAGUGUCAAAGUUUUUUAAAAAGUUAUACUAGUUGGCAGGGCUAAUCCUGAAUGCAGCAGCAAUGUUCAUCAUUUUGCCAGUCAUUGUUAUUGAAAGUCGAUUGAAAUUACUUUUAAGAAAAUGUUUGGGAGCACACGUAAUGAUUAUUGCACCGGGGCUGAACUGAAAAGCCCUGCUUCUCUUUUAAAAAGGUUUAACCUGUUGAAAAAAAUCACUGUGCUGGAGUUCUGCUGCACACAAACUAAAGGUUUAUGCUUAUCCCCCUCAGGCACAGAGGAGCAUACCCAUACCCAUAAUGAAAAAUAGUUCUUGGAAAUGUUGUGCUCAACCCAUUUCCACAAUUGCUAUUUGACUUCAUUCAAGUUUGUAUCAACAGAUUUCUCUUGUUGCUUAUUGCUAUAUGCUUCCUUCAGGCAAUAUUAUUAGGAAAAACUCCAUAAAUUACCAUUGCUAUGCCGAUGAUACCCAAUUGUAUUUGUCAAUGAAGCCUGGUGAAACCAAUCAGUUAGCUAAACUUCAAGCAUGCCUUAAGGACAUAAAGACCUGGAUGACCAGAAACUUUCUGCUCUUAAACUCAGAACUGAACAAAACUGAAGUUAUUGUGCUUGGCCCCCAACACCUCAGAACCACAUUAUCUAAUGAUAUACUUACGCUAGAUGGCAUUGCCCUGGC